AUGUCAGCCCCACCGAACAAAGUUAACGACCUGCUGGAGGCGGUCAGACAGGAGUUCGCACAGGUCUCCCAGGAGGCCAACUCGUAUCGUCUGCAGAACCAGAAGGACUACGACUCCAAAGUCAACCAGCAACUGGCAGAGAUGCAGCAGAUCAGAAACACCGUCUACGAGCUAGAGCUCACGCAUAGGAAAAUGAAAGAUGCCUACGAAGAGGAGAUCAACAGACUGAAGAUCGAGCUUGACCAGCGAGGCCUACAGCUCUCGUCCUUGAGCGCGCACCAUUCCCAGCAACAGCAGCUGCAGCAGCAACAACACCAGCAGCAACAGCAAGGCUCCCCAAACACGGCGAACGCUGUGUUCCCACAGCACAUCCAACAGCCUUACCAGGCUCCAGUGGGCUCCAUGCCGCAGCUCGUUCCAGCACACUUGCAGCAGUCGCAGUUGCCAAGCAGCGGUGCCCAGACCUUGCCGUUCCCACCCGGGAGCAUCUCAGUUGCGGCAGCGGGCCAACCACAAGCCCCUCCGGUUGUGGCCGCUCCGGCUCCAGCUUUGACCCAGCCGGCGCAAUCUGAGUUUGCCGGCUCUCCAGCUACAGCGCCAGCUAGCGUCGCUCCAGCCAAACCUGCUCCAGUUGCUGCUCCGGUUGCUCCUGCUGCUCCAAUUAUCGCUGCCGUCGAGAAGCCAGCAGCUCCGCUACCAGCAGCAUCAGCUGCUGCUGCCUCAGCUGCCGUCCCAGCUGUCCCUGUCGAACCAAAGCAAGAAGCGGCUCCCGUUCCAGUUCCAGCUAUCGCAUCAAAGACAGAAGACAAAAAAACAGAAGCGCCAGCCCCCGCAAAGGAAGCAAAGGCAACGUCUGCUACAAAGGAAAGCCACUAUUUAGUACCUUACGACCAGCGCGCAAACCAUACAAAACCAAUUCCUCCUUUCUUGCUGGACUUGGACUCUCAGACUAUCCCUGCAGGCUUAAAAAAACAAACCGAUGACUACUACAUCUUGUAUAAUCCAGCUUUGCCAAGAAACAUCGACGUCGAGUUACACAAGUCCUUGGACCACACCUCCGUUGUCUGCUGCGUUAGAUUCAGCAACGACGGGAAAUUCCUAGCUACAGGUUGUAACAAGACUACUCAAGUUUACAACGUAGCCUCUGGUGAAUUGAUUGCUAGACUCUCAGACGAUUCAGCUUCACACAUCACUCCGGGCCAAAACUCAAAGGAUUCCGAAGGAGGUGAAGAAAAUAACGACACUACAACUUACUCUACUUCCGCAACUACUUCUUCUGAUUUAUACAUUCGUUCUGUCUGUUUCUCACCAGAUGGUAAAUUUCUAGCUACUGGUGCUGAAGAUAGAUUAAUCAGAAUCUGGGAUAUUGCUCAAAAGAAGAUAAUUAUGGUAUUACAAGGCCAUGAACAAGAUAUUUACUCUCUAGACUACUUCCCAUCCGGUGAGAAAUUGGUUUCUGGUUCCGGCGAUCGUACCGUUAGAAUCUGGGAUUUACGUACUGGUCAAUGUUCUUUAACUUUAUCUAUUGAAGACGGUGUCACUACCGUUGCUGUUUCUCCAGAGGAUGGUAAAUACAUUGCUGCCGGUUCUUUAGACCGUGCUGUACGUGUUUGGGAUUCAGAAACGGGUUUCUUAGUCGAAAGGUUAGACUCAGAAAACGAAUUAGGAACUGGUCACAAAGAUUCAGUCUACAGUGUUGUAUUUACUAGAGAUGGUAACAAUGUUGUAUCCGGUUCUUUAGAUAGAUCUGUAAAACUAUGGAAUCUAAAUGAUGCUAACAACAAAGACCUCAAACCAAACGUCCCGGGUACCUGUGAAGUUACGUACACUGGUCACAAAGAUUUUGUUUUAUCCGUGGCUACUACACAAGGUGAUGAAUAUAUUUUAUCGGGUUCUAAGGACCGUGGUGUCUUGUUCUGGGAUACCAAAUCAGGUAAUCCAUUAUUGAUGCUACAAGGUCACAGAAAUUCUGUUAUCUCUGUUGCUGUUGCUAAUGGUCACCCAUUAGGCACAGAAUACGGUGUAUUUGCUACUGGUAGUGGUGAUUGUAAAGCUAGAAUUUGGAAAUAUCGUAAAAUUGCAGAUUCUGAUAAAAUGUGA